AUGGCUGGCGUUUGCAUCUCCAAUUACCUGCUCCGCACCUGUUUAGGAACUUGUGCGGUCUUAAUGGUGCAAGAGUAUCAAUGGGGCAUCGAAUUCAAGGGAAUGCUGCUGGGCGCCUUCUUCUGGGGCUAUCUUGCGGGGAACCUCUUUGCAGGCGCGGUGGCCGCACGCGUGGGGGCUGCUCUGGUGCUGGCCUGCGCGGCCAUCAGUUGGAGCGCCUUCGCCAUCGCCGUGCCGCUGGUGUCAGACCUGGGGUUCUGGCACACCUGGCUGCUCUUGGCCUUGCUAGGGCUGGCCGAGUCUCCAGUCAUGCCCACCACUAUGCAGUUGCUGUCGGCAUACGUUCCAGCUUCUGAACGAGGGUGCUCAAUCGCAGCACGGGGGCUGUCGAUGCGCUUUGGGCAGAUUGUCGCCUCCGUGCUGGCGCCGCUGAUCUGCUCCCAGGCUGGCUGGCGAGCGAGUUUUGCAGUUUUUGGGACCGUGAGCUUUUUGCUUGCAAUGCUGUGGCUGGGAUUUGCUGUGACAAAGCCCAGGGAAUCUGGCACAGAAGCCGUGCGCAAGAUGUGCGAGGACUCGUAUGCGGAUGCGCCACCAGGUAAGUCAGAUUGCUUCCUACCUCUUUUCGCGCUGAAGCAGCCUGGCUUCCUUGCGCUCUUGGCGGUGCAUUGUAGCAACAACUUCACUAUGUACACAAUCAUGUCCUGGGGCCCUUCCUACUUCACGGAGGUGCUGCAAUUGCCGCUAGAAAGCGUGGGGCUGUACCUCAUGCUGCCGGCGGCCUUUUCAGGCAUUGGCUCAGUCAUCGGCGGUCUCCUGACAGAUUGGCUGCAAAGCCGGCGCUGCGCGCCGCUGCAGAUGCGGCGUGGGAUCUUAUGCCCUGCCCUGGUGGUGGCUGGCGUGGCGCUGGCGAGCUUCGGGAACCUGCGCAGCGCCCUGGCCGCCUCCGUGGCCAUCGUCGUGGCGGCGCUGUCCAUCGGAGUGUUGGACACGGUGCAGAACGCGGUGUACCUGGACCUGGCCCCCGGCAACGCGGCGGGGCUCGUGAGCCUGGGCAACGGCAUCGCGACCUUGCCCGGGGCGGCCGGGCCCGCGCUGGUGGCACUGCUGCUGCGGUCCACCGGUAUGUGGUCCCUCGUGUGGGGCAUCAUCGGCGCCUGCUUGGUGGUCUCCUCCUUCAUUUUCGCCGUCUUCGGAUCCGUUGAUGACAUCGACAAGAGACCUGCCAAGUACAUGCAAGUGUGA